CACCGGCAGAGGACACGGGCAAAAUGGCGGCAGGGAUAGUGCGAGGUGGGCUUGCCGGCUGCGGGCAGCAGGUGACCCGGCUGCUGAGGAGGCGCUUCCAUCGCUCGGCGCCUGCCGCGCUGCAGGUGACGGUCCGAGAUGCCCUGAAUCAGGGAAUGGAUGAAGAACUGGAACGGGACGAGAGGGUCUUCUUGCUUGGAGAAGAAGUUGCUCAGUAUGAUGGGGCUUACAAGGUCAGCAGGGGGCUGUGGAAGAAAUAUGGGGACAAGAGAAUCAUCGACACACCGAUAUCCGAGAUGGGCUUUGCUGGGAUUGCUGUUGGGGCAGCUAUGGCUGGAUUAAGGCCCAUUUGUGAAUUCAUGACCUUCAAUUUCUCUAUGCAAGCAAUUGACCAGGUUAUAAACUCAGCUGCCAAGACUUACUACAUGUCCGGUGGGCUUCAGCCUGUGCCCAUUGUCUUCAGGGGACCUAAUGGUGCUUCAGCUGGCGUAGCUGCCCAGCAUUCCCAGUGCUUUGCAGCAUGGUAUGGGCACUGUCCUGGAUUAAAAGUAGUCAGUCCUUGGAGUUCAGAGGAUGCAAAAGGUCUCAUUAAAUCAGCAAUCCGGGAUGAUAAUCCAGUUGUGGUGCUGGAAAAUGAGCUGAUGUAUGGAGUUCCUUUUGAAUUUCCAGAUGAAGCUCAGUCAAAAGAUUUCCUGGUUCCUAUUGGAAAAGCUAAAAUAGAAAGACAAGGAACCCACGUUACACUGGUUUCCCACUCACGACCUGUUGGCCACUGUGUGGAGGCAGCUGCUAUAUUAUCUAAAGAGGGAGUGGAAUGUGAGGUGAUCAACCUGCGGACCAUCCGACCGAUGGACGUGGAGACCAUCGAGGCCAGCGUGAUGAAGACCAACCAUCUCAUCACGGUCGAAGGCGGCUGGCCCCAGUUUGGGGUGGGGGCGGAGAUCUGCUCGAGGAUCAUGGAAGGCCCCGCAUUUAACUUCCUGGACGCUCCCGCUGCCCGCGUCACGGGGGCCGACGUUCCGAUGCCUUACGCGAAGCAGCUGGAGGAGAACUGCGUCCCGCAGGUCAAGGACAUCAUCUUUGCAGUCAAGAAGACGCUGAACAUCUAGUGCGUGCUUUGGCCUUGGAGCGCCCGCGAGGGAUUCCGGCGUGGAAUCUCGCUUCAGAGGCUUGGGUGGGCCCCGCUCCCCGUGCCCUCGACUGACUCUAGAACCACAAGGCCUCCGGAUACCACUUUGGAUGGGGAAGGCGGCAAAGCUUUGGGGCGGACACACUCCGGCCAUGUCCGCUCCAAGGCCCCGCCCCCUCGUGUCUGUUACAGUUAGGUUCUUUGUGCCUCCAGUACUGGCACCGAAGGAACCCCAGCCAGCGUCUGCCUGACAGUUAACUUAUCACUACAGAAGGAAAGCAUGGUCUGACUGUUGGGUUCUAUUUUGAUAAGGAAUAAAUACCUUCUGGUUCUGGUCA